AUGACGCUGCCAACGAGCGACACACAAAUCUCACUUGUGCUGACCAACAGCAACCGGCACAAAAGCACCGAGGAGGCUUUACAAUUCUGUUGCAAAGACGAGGAGACACACCCGGGUAGAGACAUUUCCCACAGGAGCCAUGCUAACAAACACGACAAAGACGAUGCGAAUUCCAUAAGGGAAGAACUUCUGGGCGAACUACUCUACAUAGGGGUCAUCAUCAAGUGCGUCAAUUAUAAAUUACACUCCAAGGAAAAGAUUAAAAAUUGGUUAAAACAAAACGAAAACUAUCAGGUCCAUGUGGAUAUAGUACUCGUGAGUGACAAUGGGGUGGAGGUAUCCGCACUGGCACAUAAACUGCAUUUUCAGGAGGAAAAUUAUUUCGCUAGUGAACAAAGAAGAGUACACAGGAGGGGGUUGUGCAGGAGAAGGGCUUCACCUCACAACGGGAGGGACCCCAUUUAUGGGGUAGACGAAGGGGCAGAGAAGAAAGCGCAAACCAGUUGGACAGGUGUAGGGGAAAUUUCAUCACAGAUGGACCAAGAUAAAAUAUUAUUCCCACUAGAUAAUCACAAACAGACAGACGAAAAUAUUGAAGAGCUUCUGUUUGCAACGGAGGAGCAGUACCAAGUGGAAGGGCUCAUUUAUUUUAUGGAGUUACCACUGACCAUUGCUCAAAGGUACCUCAAUAAAGAACUACUGGUAAAAGUCCAGCUGUGUGAAAGCCCCAAAGUGGAUAAAGGCAAGAGUGGGAACUCCUUCCUCAACGAUAAACAUGUGAAUGACUUGAGAAAUAUUUUCAACUACCCGUCUCUGCUGCUGAGCAACGUGCAGUGGUCGUCUACCUUCACAUCCGGCAUGGCGCUCGAAUGGGAAAAAAAAAGGAAAAAAAAAAAAAAAAAAAAAAAUGGAGAAAAUAUCGGUGAUGCUGGCCACUACGAGGAGGCGGAUGAUGAUGGUGAGGAGGACGACGAUGAUGAUGACGCCGACCGCGACAGCAACCCCUUCCCGCACAACGGCGAGGAUGUACAAAGCUUCCCACCCAACCUUAACAUGCACAGCAUAUGCAAAGGCAUCAACAAGCUGGAAGAACACGUGCACAGCUCCACCUACGCACACAAGGAUUUAAAAAAAAUAAUUUUAACCAAGCAAAUCGUCGUCACCAAGCCUCUCAACAUAAAGUGUAAAAUAAUGGAACCCUACCUCUACCUCGAAAUACAGAAUAUAACGAAACAAAACACAUUGCACAUUCACGAAUUUUUUUCUAGAUCGGUGAACAUUGACAAUAGUGACGCCUUUCCGUUUUCUCUCCUCCCAGAAGAGACUUACAGUCUUUACCUUCCGAUUGUAAACUUCGCGCAGGUCCUCUCGCAGAAGAGUUCCCAAGACAGAGAGAGGGUCAGGAGCUCCGUGCGCAGCUCGGUCCACACUGUUGAUGUGAAUACUGGCCUACAAAACACUCUCCACGGAAUCGAUACAGGUGCUUCAUUGUAUAACCCCUUCUUCCUCACCGCAGAGGGAGGGACUUCUCACCAGAUGGGCAAGCGCCGCAGCAGUGAUGCACAACUGCGGGCAAGCCAACUUGUAGACCUCACGAAGCGAUUCAAGAACAGAAAUCAUAUUUCUUCCUCUCCAUUUGAACAAAAAAAUAAACGUUUGUCCUUCCACUUCCAAAGCGACAAGAGCAUCAUCACUCUCUCCAUCAAAUGGAGCAUAGACGAGACUCCGGAUAAUUCUAUAUGGUCCCAAUAUUGUAUGGAGGUGGAAAUGCCAAAACCGCACACCUUCAGCCUUGAAGUUUCCUUCGUAAAGGAAAUCAAUUCUUCCUCCGUGCUUAUGGCCGUCUUUUCAUUUUAUAACCCUCACCACGAGGAGAUAGAUAUUCUGAUGGAGAUGAAAGAUGAGAGUGGUGCCCUAAACAACGACGUUCACAAUUCCCUCAUUUCCUGUAGCUCGAUAAUCCACGUGGGUAUUAUUAAACCAUUUCAGCGCAAGUCGGUCAGCGUACGCAUGCUCGCCAUUAUGUUCGGGGUGCACAACGUCCCCUUCGUUAAGAUUGUCAAUCGGGUGACCGACACUGCGUAUUAUGUCGACUUAGGAUCCAUCCUCGUCACGGAAUAG